GACUGACUGUCAUUGUAAUAGAACGUGGAGUAGGUAGCCGGCGUAUCGCGUUUUGUAAAAUAAUUUACUACCUAUAUUUCCGAAAUUCUAUUUUUGAGAAUUUACCAUUUACCACGCCAAGUUUACAGAGAGAAACAAAUUACUCACAUGGAGAUUAUUAUUUAACUUACAAUAAAUUUGAAGAGUUAAAACAAACACCACGUGUGCGAUUUUGUUCUACAACACAUACUUGGAUCGUAUAUCAAGCUUCAAGUUUCAUAAAAGUGAGUGGCACAUAAUAUACAGUGCCACAUACCCGUGAUUAUACAUUCGCUCUACAUCCUAUAAUUCGAACGUGCCAAUAAUAAUGUCCAGCAAAGGCGACGUUGAUCUCCGCGACGGGCUCUCCGCAGCACAGAUCUUCGAGAACCGUGAGGGGUUGACUUACAAUGAUUUCCUUUUGCUACCCGGAUAUAUAGAUUUCACUGCUGAUGAAGUAGAUCUAACCUCGCCCCUAACAAAAAAAAUUAACCUGAAAUCGCCGCUAGUUUCCGCGCCUAUGGACACCGUGACUGAAGCCGACAUGGCGAUAGCGAUGGCGCUGUGUGGCGGUAUCGGCAUCAUCCACCACAACUGCACUCCAGAGUACCAGGCCAAUGAAGUACACAAAGUGAAGAAGUACAAGCAUGGCUUCAUUAGGGACCCUGUUUGCAUGGGCCCUGAAAAUAUCGUUGCUGAUGUUCUCGAAGCUAAGAAGAAAAAUGGUUUUACUGGAUACCCUAUCACUGAAAAUGGCAAACUGGGAGGACGCCUAAUUGGUAUAGUCACUUCCAGAGACAUUGACUUCAGGGAAAACGACCCACAAUUAAGUCUCAAGGAAGUUAUGACACCCAUUCAUGAUAUGAUAACCGCUCAGUCUGGUGUUACUUUACAAGAUGCAAAUUACAUUCUGGAAAAGAGCAAGAAAGGUAAAUUGCCAAUUAUCAAUGGAGAUGGUGAGCUAGUGGCCCUCAUUGCUAGAACAGACUUGAAGAAAGCUCGCAGCUAUCCUAAUGCUUCCAAGGAUUCUAACAAGCAGCUUUUAGUAGGAGCUGCAAUUGGCACUCGCGAAACUGACAGAGAACGCCUCAAGUUGCUGGUCAACAAUGGAGUAGAUGUGAUAGUCCUAGAUUCAUCACAAGGUAACUCAGUAUAUCAGAUUGAGAUGAUCAAGUACAUUAAAAAGACCUACCCUGAGAUACAAGUUAUUGGUGGCAAUGUUGUGACUAGAAUACAAGCCAAGAACCUUAUUGAUGCUGGUGCUGAUGCCCUGAGAGUUGGAAUGGGUAGUGGCUCUAUCUGCAUAACCCAAGAAGUGAUGGCAUGUGGCUGUCCUCAAGCUACAGCUGUGUACCAAGUUUCAUCCUAUGCUCGCCAAUUCAAUGUACCAGUAAUUGCCGAUGGUGGUAUCCAGUCUGUAGGCCAUAUCGUCAAAUCAUUAGCAUUGGGAGCUACAACUGUCAUGAUGGGUUCUCUACUGGCUGGAACAUCUGAAGCCCCUGGAGAAUAUUUCUUUUCUGAUGGUGUCAGGUUGAAGAAAUACAGAGGUAUGGGCAGCUUAGAAGCUAUGGAAAACAAAGAUGGAAAGGGAGCUGCAAUGAGCAGAUAUUUCCACAAGGAAUCUGACAAACAUAGAGUAGCACAGGGAGUGAGUGGUAGCAUCGUAGAUAAGGGCUCAGUCUUGCGGUUCCUACCAUACUUACAAGCGGGAAUGCAACACAGUUGCCAAGAUAUUGGAGCUCGAUCAGUCACCAUUUUACGGGAAAUGAGCUACUCUGGAGAUCUGAGAUUCAUGAAGAGGACUUACUCAGCCCAGUUAGAAGGAAAUGUACACAGCUUGUUCUCUUAUGAAAAACGGUUAUUCUAAUUUAGUGUCUCAAAGGCAAAAAAUAACCCAAUAUAUUAUGUAUAUCUGAAUAUAAGAAAAGAUCUAGUUAAUUUUUGAGGGAAAAUCAAUUUAUUAUAUUAUGUAAGACUAUUGUAACUAGGUGUUAAAAUAUAAAAAAAAUAUUAUGUAAGCAUAAAAUGUGUUAUCCACUGCAACAGAGUAUUCCAUUUUAUAUGUUAUAUGUGUAAAUAAAUAAAUGAAGUGUGAAUUGAAA